UUCUUCUUCUCCAUCUCUUUCAAUCUCAAGUUGGAUUUGUUCUUACAGAUUUGAUAAAAGCUUGGAUUCAAAAGUUUCCAUUAGAGGUUUUGGAUCGACAGAGAGAAAAAAUCAUGUUGGAUAUCAAUUUGUUCCGAGAAGAAAAGGGUAACAAUCCAGAGAUCAUCAGAGAAUCACAACGUCGGAGAUUCGCCAGCGUUGAAGUCGUUGAUGAGAUUAUUAAGCUCGACAAAGAAUGGCGUCAACGUCAAUUUGAAGUUGAGAGCUUUCGAAAAGAGUUCAAUAAGCUGAAUAAGCAAGUCGCGCAGCUCAAAAUUAAAAAAGAAGAUGCGACUGAGAUUAUUCAGAAAACUGAGAAAAACAAACAAGAUUCUACUGAAAAGGAAGUUGAAGUUCGUGAAGCUUAUGCUGCUUUGAAAGCUAAAUUGGAGACAGUUGGGAACCUGAUUCAUGACUCUGUUCCGAUUGAUAAGGACGAGGCUAAUAAUCUAGUGACUAAAACAUGGGGUGAAAGGCUGGUUCCUUCUCCUGGUCUGAAGUUGAAAAACCAUGUGGAUCUUGUUGAGCUUCUUGGUAUCGCUGAUACUAAAAGAGGUGCUGAAAUCGCUGGAGCUAGAGGCUUUUACCUAAAAGGAGAUGGAUUGAUGCUUAACCAAGCUCUUAUCAACUUUGGGUUGACUUUCUUGAAGAAGAGAGGAUUCACGGGAUUGCAGCCUCCUUAUUUCAUGAGGAAGGAUGUUAUGGCCAAGUGCGCACAAUUGGCGCAGUUUGAUGAAGAGCUUUACAAGGUGACUGGUGAAGGAGAUGACAAAUACCUUAUUGCAACUGCUGAGCAGCCUCUUUGUGCAUACCAUCUUGAUGAAUGGAUUCAUCCUACUGAGCUUCCCCUAAGAUAUGCUGGUUACUCAUCCUGCUUUAGAAAGGAAGCUGGUUCGCAUGGAAGAGACACACUUGGUAUUUUCCGUGUUCACCAGUUUGAGAAAAUCGAACAGUUCUGCAUCACUAGUCCUAAUGACAAUGCCUCAUGGGAAAUGCUUGAUGAGAUGAUGAAGAACUCUGAAGAUUUUUACCAAGCGCUAAAGCUUCCAUACCGAAUUGUGUCAAUCGUCUCUGGAGCAUUGAACGAUGCAGCUGCAAAAAAGUACGACUUGGAAGCUUGGUUUCCUUCGUCGGAGACUUACAGAGAGCUUGUGUCAUGUUCUAAUUGUACAGACUACCAGGCUCGGAGACUAGAGAUCAGAUACGGUCAGAAAAAGAGCAACGAGCAGACGAAGCAGUAUGUGCAUAUGCUGAAUUCUACACUUACUGCAACAGAGAGGACCAUUUGCUGCAUUCUCGAGAACUACCAGCGAGAGGGUGGUGUCGAUAUCCCCGAGGUUCUACAGCCGUUCAUGGGAGGAGAGACGUUUUUGCCUUUCAAAGCUAAGCCCGUAGUUGCCGAUACCAAAGGGAAGAAAUCGAAAGCUUGAUUUUUGAUAUUAUUAUGAUGAACGAACGACUCCUUCUGUUUUCUUAAAACCAAUGGAUACAUUUUCUUGUGGAAUGUUUUUUUGGACUUGAGAGUUAUUUCACCAGGACGUUUUGAUUUGUUGUC